CUCAAUAUAUAUACCGCCUUGAAUUGUCUUCGGCAUUAACCAAAGUAUUUCAGAACAUUCAUCUUUAAUUUGACGUGCACCAAAUCUUGAAUCGGACUCCGAAAACCACUCCAGACCACCAAAUCGACAACUAAUCCGGCGGGAAAUUCGACCACUCGAAAACCGUACAAUCAAACAAGAGUCUUCUUAUUCAAAAUCUCAGCAACAUGGCCUCUCCUCCACUCAAUGUUGCCAUUAUCGGGGCCGGCCUCUCAGGCCUUUCCCUCGCUCUGGCUCUGCACCAACAAGGCAUCUCCUGCGUACUCUACGAGCGCAACAGCGCCCCCUUAAACAUCGGCGGAGCCGUCAUGCUCUCCCCAAACGCACUCAAAGUUCUCGAAGCUCUCUUAGUCUACUCUCGGAUCAAGACCAAAGGCUACAACUUCGAGACCCUCGAAUACCGCGACGUUGAUGGGAGAUUGUUGGAAGUAUAUGAGUUCGGAGGCGAAGAGAAGUACGGGUAUAAGGCGUUGAGAAUCUAUCGAACGGCAUUGAUUGAGGAGUUGAUGGUAAUGUUGAGAGAGAAAGGGGUGAAUAUUGUGUUUGGGAAGAAAUUUGUCAAGGUCCUUGAGGAGACGGACGAGGGCGUGAGCUGGGAGUUUGCUGACGGGACGAGAGAGACUGCGGGUUUGCUGGUGGGUACGGAUGGAAUCCAUUCGGCGGUGCGGAAGUAUUUGUAUCCGGACUUGAAGCCGACGUUUGCUGGAGGGAUGGGCGUUACAGCUGCGGUUCCGACUGAGCAAUUGAAAUUGCCUCUAGGAUAUCACAUUCCGGUCACGAUCUCGACGCCACAUGGUUCUUUUGUUAUUGCUCCGCAGGAAUUCAAUGGCUUGGAGGUCUUGAUUGGGAAGCAGAAGCGUGUUGCGAAGGGCCAUGACAGGGCUGGGUGGGAUGCUAUCUCGGCGGACAAGGAAGCACUUGUGAAGUUCCUCCAGCAGGAUACUGAACACUUCCCUGAGUUAGUUCAAAACGCGGUGUCGAGUAUUCCGCACGGAAAGAUAAACGUUUGGCCGUUCUACAUUGUGCCAAAGCUUGAGAGGUGGACUUCAGAAAAGAGGCGGGUGAUUAUUCUUGGCGAUGGAGCACAUGCGAUUCCACCGAGUGCUGGCCAAGGAAUCAACCAAGCGUUCGAGGAUAUCUAUAUUUUUGCUUUACUGCUAGGCCAGGUGGGUAGAGUGGACAUGCAAGAUGCGUUGAAGUUCUGGCAGGAAUAUCGGCAGCAGAGGAUUGAAAAGGUGAUGGAAUUGAACGCUCAGAUUGAGUUCAGACGGAUGACGGAAGAGGAGAAGGCAAAAAUGCCAGCUGGCUCUAUGAAAGAGAUUGAGUUAAGUUGGUUGUACAAACCGAACCUCAAAGCGGAGGUGGAUAGUUGGAUUGCAGCGAGAACAAAACUUACUGCUUGA